GAUAGAGCGAACGACAGUCAGAAAUGGAGAGAAGUGGAAAGUGGAUGAACAGGCUGAUUGCAGAGGAUUGAUAGGGUGUUGAGGAAGAGAUGCGGGGUGACUCGUAGGGUAGGUGUUACGGAGAGAAUGGGGCAGUGCAGCGAGCAGAGGACAGCAGUGGGGUGUGAAAGAAGCAUCAUCCGGCGUCACUGAAAAGUGUCCAGUGUUUCAGUACAUUCCCUGCAGUCGUUGACUGAAGGACGGACUGUCUGUGUGCAGACUGACCCAGCAAAGCCCAGCAAGCAGCAGAGUGACCCGGUCUGGGAUCUGGUUGCGACAUCCUGGAUGCGAAGCUGUAUUGGUAGGGAGAGGAGAGUGAGAGCAGUCAACAUGAGAACACUUCACUUCUCUGCCACUUUCAUCCUGUCCAUCAGCCUGGCUGUCCUCCAGCUCGCCCAAGGGGAAGUAUGUGGACCCAACGCAUGUGAGAAUGGAGGCAUUUGCAUGAGGGGGUUGGCAGAUGAACCUUUUUCAUGUGAGUGUCCCAAUGGAUUCACAGGUCCCAACUGUUCUAGUAUUGUGGAGGUUGCUGCAGAUGGAGAAGAAUCGACUACAGCAGGAGCUUGCCAACCCAAUCCAUGUCAUAAUGGUGGGACUUGUGAAGUGAGUGAUAUGUAUCGGGGUGACACAUUUGUUGGAUACAUCUGCAAGUGUCCUGAUGGAUUCAGUGGAAUUCAUUGUCAGCACAAUAUAAAUGAAUGCGAGUUUGAACCCUGUAGAAAUGGUGGUAUUUGUACUGAUCUCAUUGCAAAUUAUUCCUGCGAGUGUCCAGGAGAAUUCAUGGGCAGAAACUGCCAGUACAAAUGUUCAGGACCUUUAGGGAUGGAGGGGGGGAUUAUAUCCAAUCAACAGAUUUCUGCAUCCUCCACACACCGAGCUCUGUUUGGCCUGCAGAAGUGGUACCCAUACUAUGCCAGACUGAAUAGAAAAGGCCUUGUAAAUGCUUGGACAGCUGCAGAGAAUGACAGAUGGCCAUGGAUUCAGAUUAAUCUGCAACGCACUAUGAGAAUCACAGGAUUGAUUAGCCAAGGUGCUAAAAGAUUUGGCAGCCCAGAGUAUGUGAAAUCAUACAAGAUUGCUUAUAGUGGUGAUGGCAAAACGUGGACUACUGACAAAGUAAAGGGCACCUAUGAAGACAAGGUUUUCCGUGGAAAUGUCGAUAACAACACUCCACAUGCAAAUUCUUUUAAUCCACCUAUAGAGGCCCAGUACAUACGACUGUAUCCUCAGGUCUGUAGGAGACACUGUACGUUGAGGAUGGAGUUGCUUGGCUGUGAAAUGUCAGGUUGUUCAGAACCUCUGGGGAUGAAGUCAGGACUUAUCCAGGAUUAUCAGAUUACUGCUUCCAACAUCUUUAGGACCCUAAAUAUGGAUAUGUUUACAUGGGAACCCUGUAAAGCUCGUCUGGAUAAACAAGGGAAGAUUAAUGCUUGGACAUCAGGCCGCAGUGAUCAGUCACAGUGGCUACAGAUUGAUCUGCUUGUUCCAACUAAAGUGACUGGCAUAAUCACCCAGGGUGCAAAAGACUUUGGACACAUACAAUUUGUGGGUUCAUACAAAGUUGCCUACAGUAAUGAUGGAAGGAACUGGUCUGUUUAUAAAGAUAUAAAACAACAAAAGGAUAAGGUUUUCCAAGGUAAUUUCGAUAAUGAUACACACAGAAAAAAUGUAAUAGAUCCGCCUAUUUAUGCACGAUAUGUUAGGAUCUUGCCCUGGUCAUGGUAUGGCAGAAUCACGCUGCGGAUGGAGUUGCUGGGAUGCACCGAAGAGUGAUGAAUACUGCCUCCUGUCAAGAAAAUUGUCCUUGGAAUAUCUCAACAAAAACUGCACAAACCUGUAAGAUAUCAAAGGGUUUUCAUGAACAAGUGUUCAGUUUGUGAUAGGCAUGAGUCAAGUUACCUGGUCAAGGCCUGCUCUUUAUCAGCCAUUCCAAUGGUGAAUUUUCUUCCUUAGAAAUUUAUUUUAAUGUGCUUUGUUAAUUUAUACGUAAUGGAAGAGAUCUUUUUAUAUUUGCAGACUUUAGUCCCUUCCCCACCUCCAGCAAAUUUGAUUGAUAUGCGUAGGACUAAAAUCUCUAAUCACUAUUGCAGGUGCCAAUAUUGUUUCCUAUUUAUUGUAGCAUUUUUUUUUCUCUUUGACUCCUCACAGUAAUAAGUUUUUUCGGUCAUUCAGUUUCAGUUCUUCUUUAUUGUUACAAUGUACCCAACAAUAAAAAAAUUGAGCACUAAUAAAGUUUUCAUUCUUCACAUUAUACAUGUCCCACAUUGUGAGAGACAGUGUCCCUUUCUAGGUGCCAUUUUGCCACAUGCAUGAAAUUAAAUUUACAAACCUUCCUACUUACAAACUUGGUGAUGCCAGUUUGUAUGCAUUGGACAUAUAAUUAAAAUAUUAAAGGAAAAAAACCAAGAUAGUUUGUGACCCUAAAGACAAAAACAGAAAAACAAUAAAUCCAUGAAUAUACAAGGCAAUAAAUUCAAAUGAUUUGUGGGUAUGCAUCAACCACGUUCUGUUUGAAGGGCAUGCCAGGAUUCCAAAGUCAAUUGUUAUUGUGUUGCAUGUUGGCAUUUUCAACUAAAAUUAUUCUAUUAAAAGUUUAUUUUUAAUCAAAAGAGAGGCAAUUCCUGUCUAGAAGAUUGAAUGAAAAGGAGAAAAAUGAUGUUUGGAUUCAAGUUUGUAUGAACUGAUGAAACAUGAGCUGUCCGCUGAGUCUUAAUCUGUUCAGUUGUGUUCUGAUUUGAAUAAAUGUAAAAUGACCUUUGUAUAUCAAUGAACAUACUAUGUGGUGGCAUUGUAAGUCACUCAGUUUGAGUCAUUCAUUAUAUAGUAUCUUGAUGCACACAGAUGGUUUUGUCCUACUGUUUCAUUUCCGCAACACCACAAACUAAAUUAUAACAUAUUCAUACAGAAUUCACACCUGUGUAAUGUGAUUCAGAUGCUGUUGUUUGACAGUUUCAGAAUUUAACUAUUCAUGUACUGAAAUAGUUGAAUUAUAGUGCUGUUUUACUUAAUUACCGUAUCUUCUUUUAAAAAUACUGUUAUUACGGACUAAAAGUUAAUAUAGUAAAAUAACACUAAACUUAUAAAAUCCUGGUGUAUGAAUGGUAAGCAUUUGUGUACUGAUAAAGGAAAAGGACCAUCUAGUGCAUUGAAGCCUUAUUUACUGGGAUUCCUAAAUUAUUUACCAUUUGAAUAUUGGUGUUUAUAUUGUGUAUUUAACAUUAAUAACAUUGAAUGAGCAUUUUAAACAAGCACCAUUUUACUGUAAGAUAACAAGUAAACCAUGUGUUUGGCAGUUCUGUUAGUUGUUGCUUCUGCCUAUGAAGCUAGGCUUUCACAUGUGGCACUGUCAUGUAUAGCUUUCAUAUUAUUUAGGCACAGGACUGUGACAAAGCUUACAAAAACAUCAGAUUAGAGGUUCCAAUCAAUUGUAUCCUUUAUCAUGCCCCACAAUAGUAAUUUCCACCAUGUUACUGGAUAAAAUGGCACAAACUUCAGAGCUUGGGUAGUAACGGGGGUAGAUACCCUGAAACCAAACCACAAACUUAAUUACAACCCCGAUGCACAUUAUUUGUUUAUUCCUGAUUUGGUAACCAAGGUUGCUGGCUAGGUAUGAUUACAUUCCCAACUAUAUAAAGAUAUUAAUGUUAAAUGUUUUGCAGACUAUUAUCCCUAAUCUGUGCAGGGAAUUUAGAAAGUUCUACAUUUUAGAAGUAGCACCCUCAUUGCUAUAAUUUCAUUAGUCUGGUAAUGUUUCUGAUUUUUCAGUUUAUCCAUAACAGCUUUACAAGUCUCUUAAUUUUUACGAGAGCUACUGUAGAUUACAAUAUUUUCUAUUUUCCGAGUCUCUCAAGAGCUGCAGUAUCCUUUUUAAUGUGUCUCUAAUGGGUGACGAGUAUUAAAAUGAUAGUUAUCCAAUGACAGAUCUCACAAUCACCUUUUAAAAUUCAGUUCAUAUAAUUGAGUUUUGCUGCUUAGAAUUUUGUUGGAUGCUGAAGACAGUAAAAUUUAUGAACUUUUAUUCAUUGCUUUUACGGCAAGCUUGAAAAGAAUGAGGUUACGUACCUUACACAAAAUUGAUUUAAAACAAAGAAGUCGGUCAGUCUGGCAUUUAUAAAUGAUAUUUACAUAUUUUUUAUGCUUAGAAGGAGGCUAACAAUCACUAAGGGAAUUAAUGCAAUCAAAUUUUAUAUGGGAUGUCUAACCACCUACCCCCCCAUCCCAAAAAAAUACACUGCAUUAAGGUUUAAAUCAAUUUUCUUUUUCACUGAUGUGGAUAAUUUUAAAUUAACUCUAUGAAGGACAACAAAAGGUAUGUUUCAGUUGUAGCAUUGUAGAACGGCAGAGGAUUUGUGGAGAAAUCAAUUUUACUACAAGCUAUUCAAACCACUAGGUUGUUAGUAUGUCUUUGAUUGUACAGCAUUCCUAGUCCUGUGGUGCACUGAGUGACUUAAGAAUGUAUUGAUAUGGAAAUGAAAUGAAAUAGAAAGUCAACCAUCAAAAUUAUAUUGGGCACAGAGUAUGUAUGAAUUGAUUAAAUUCAGAUCUAUGGAUUCAGACUGACUGAGCAAUGAUAAACUCAUUGUCAUUUGUGGUACCUGAUAAAUGGAAAGCUUUUCUCAAUAUAUACGCUCUCCCACUGUAAGAGCAUUAUGCUGUUUACAAACGCCAGUUAAUAGAGUAAGUAUAACUUUUAGUUAAUAUUAUCACCCAAGAAACAAUUGGGCAAUUUCUAUAGCAAUUUCCUCAACAGAACUGCUGCCUCACAGCACCAGGGACCCGAGUUUGAUUCCACCCUCAGGCAAUUGUCUGUGUGGAAUUUGCACAUUCUCCCCAUGUCUGCGUGGGUUUCCUCUGGGUGCCCCGGUUUCCUCCCACAGUCCAAAGAUGUGUAGGCUAGGUGGAUUGGCCAUGCUAAAUUGCCCAGAGUGUGCAGGGAUGUGCAGAUUAGGGGGAUGGGACUUAGUUAGAUGUUCUGGGGGGACAGUGUGGACUUGUUGGGCCAAAGGGCCUGUUUCCACACUGUAGGGAUUCUGUAAUUCUAUGAGAAACAACUUGGUGUACAGAUGUCACAAAAACUAUCGUAAAUUUAUUAUGCAAUUCAUUUUUAUCCUUUAGAAGCCUACUUUCCCAUCAAUUUCCUCGAACCAAAAUGGAAAUAUUCUGCCCACAUCAAAAACAGAAUUGCAGUGCGCAUACCCAGGAAAGAAUACCUAACACUGAAUUUUAGGCUGGAUUUUAGCUACCAAUUCUGGUGGCUAUAUUUGGGAAUUUUCACAACUUGCCAAACUUCCCUCAAUAAAAGGUACAUGGGAGCAGAGUGUGGGGCAGGGGUAUAAGAUGCAGUCAGGCCUACUGGUUCCAUAUGUAAAUCAGUUGGUAGCCACAGAGCAGACAAGUGCUGGGCAAGGUGAUUAGACCACCCCCCAAGUCUGCCUUGGUUCUCUGCACAUUGUCCCAGUUGCAUUAGAAGCCUUUAGACCCUCAAGUCCUCAUUUCUGAUAUCUUUGACCCUUUUCCUAUCAAUCUAACAUGGUCCCUUCUAUCUUCCAUGUUAACUCAGUCUUAAUUCAUGGUAUUUCAGUAUCCAUUCACCCUGUAUUCCCUGUAUCAUUAGCCAAGCCAUAAUAAUAACAAUAACAAAUAUGGUACUGUUGUGAAAAUAAAAUACCGCUCAUAAAUCUUGAGAAAACUAUUCUACCAAUUAUGUAAAAAUGUAAGUCACACAGAAUCAGUGACUGGCUUCAUGAGCUUCAUACUUCUAAUUUCCCUCAACUAAAAACGGAAUCAUUAGCAAAAGAGAUCACAGAAUGAACCUAUUAUAACCACUUAAAAAUUCACUGAAGUCAAACAUUUCAGUUAUUAAAACAUAACCCAAUGUUGAGUUAAUGUUUCAGUUAGUCUGGGCUCACACCCAAGAGGUUUGAAUGUUUGAAGCCUAGAUUUUUGAUACUUUAAUGGUCUCCCUGUUUGACGCUGUCAUAUGAACAGCAGUGUUUUGUUUUAAGAUUGGUGAAUGUUUUGUUUUAGGUGGUGAAUCAUGGUGCAGGUCUAGACAGCAUUUGUAAAGACAGAAACAAAGUUAAUGUGCUGAGUCCAAUAUAACUUUGAAGAACAGUUAUUUUGACUCAAAAUGUUCACUUUAAUUUUUGAUUCCUAGAUGUUGCCACACCUACUGAGUAUUUCCACCACUUUCUGUUUUUAUUUCUGCUCUCCAGCAUCCACUGUACUUCAUUUUUCCGGCAGAAAUCCAGAACCCCAUGUAAAUAUUCUGGGGACAUGUGUUCAAAUCCAAACAUGGCAGAAGGUGUAAGCUUAAGUUCAAUAAACAUUUGGAAUAAAAAGCUAGCCAGUGGCAACAAUUAUCUAUCAUCGUGAAAACCAACCAGUUCACACUCUCCUUUAGGGAAGGAAAUCUACCAUUACCUGAUCUGGCCGAUAUGCCCAACUCCAGACAGAAAGCAAUGACUCUUAGUUGCCACCUGUGUCAUUAGAGAUGGGCAUUAAGUGUUGGCCUAGCCAGUGACACCAAAGCGUUAUGUGCAUCUUUGAAAACAAAAAUGCCUGUAGAGUGGUGUAUACACAAGCAAAGAGAAAACUGCUCAUACCUCAUUGGUAAGUGACAGAAAGCAGUAGCCAAUUUUGAAGAUGGUGUUACAGGAAGAGGUUUGGAUUUUUAGUAAUUCCUUUCUGAAAAGGAAUGCACAGAAUGGACAAGUAGAGGCUGGUUCCCUCUGCUCCAGAUGCAGGCCACUCCCCUCAGCAGUCAUUCCAACUCCACAAAAAUAUAGAUCAUAGAGCCUUUGGCAAUAAAGUAGUCUUUCAGUCCAUGGUACUUGGGUCAGCUCUUUAAAAGAAUUAUUCAAUUACCCCUCUCUCCUGUACUCAUUAACCAUAAUUUAGCACUUCUUUAUACUUUUCCAGCAUAUCCCAAUUGCCUUUUGAAAUUCAUGACUGAAUCUAAUUCCACUAUCCUUUCAAAUAGUGCAUUUCAUGUGAUAAGAACUCAAUGCAUAAUUAAAAUGAUCAUUGUCCCUUGGUAUUAUUAAUUCUCAUAAAUAUUCAGCUGCCCUGGAUUGGAAUGAACUCUUGUCUGUACCGUCUUAAAUCUGUUCUCUGUCCUUCAACCAACUUGCCAGUGCAAAACAGACUCUGUCAAUUUAUCAUAAACACACAUAUUGCUGUACAGCUCGUAUAAAAAGAUUGGAAAAUUAUCAAAUUGGGGACAGAGCUUGGUGGUGAGAACAUAUAUGGGCACUUCUUUAUGGUGGAUUUUGUGUAAUUUCCAUGGCUGCCUGAUUUUCCACUGUAAACUUGGUUGAUGGUUGUUGGAAUCAAAAUAAAUGUUUCUGCCACUUAUCAUGGGCAUUUGGUGAUAGCUUGCUGAAGUUACAUUGGAUAGUUGGGAUAAUUCUGUUGAAAAUCCAUGAUAAAUUAUGCAUAAAAUUAGGAAUAGAUUUGGUAUACUACAAGUUAGUUGCUUUGGGGUCAUUCAUGGAAUUGCUACCAAAUCACUUUCCUCAAAAAAGUGAACCAAGGCACUAUUCAAACCAAGAAAAGUAAUUUGUACAGCUCAAAGACACAAGUCUGUUGUGAAUUGUUUCAGGACAUUACCAAUUUACCCAACUUGUGUGUGGAAUAGUUAAAGUAAUUAUAACUGUUAAAGCUGUUGCCAAAUGAAUAAUUUUGCCGUAAUUUAUGCAAAACCCUUCAAAAAAUGUAUUAGCAUUCUGUGAUUUAUUUAAGGGAAAGUAUGGAUAUUUGUGUUUACUUAUAUCUCAUUCAUGAAGUUCCUAAUACAGAAGUUGACUUUCCAUUGUUGGACUUUACAAUAAGGUUGGAAAUGAAAUUUUGACUUUGGGUACUUUAUGGGUUUGUUUUAUUCUUGUAUGAAAAUCACUCAGCAAUAUCUUGAAAAAAAAUGUGGCUUAUGACCAUCCUAAAGUUAAAAAGCAUAUAAAGCUUAAAUGAUGUAAUAGGGGAAAAGUAACCACUGCAAUCUUAGCAACUGUGUAACAAUACUCUUGUUUUUGUAUUAGGCUCCAAUUCUGAUGGUUAAUGCAAAAUCCAUACAAGCUUGUAUGUUCUUCAGAUUAACAAUAAAACUUUGAAACAUC